UUUUUAUAGGUGCUGGCAUGAUUGCUUCAUUCUCCCUCCUUAAGCUCAAAAGUUUUUUUUGCUUUUUUCAAAAAAGAAGAAGAAGAAGAAACAUCUCGUUUCCAUGGCUUUCCGGGGAGAUGAGUCAGAGAUUAUGAACCUAAGAGAAUGGGAUCGAAGAGCUCGAUUAAUCCGCGAAAAUCCGACUUCUAGAAGGUUCUCUGCUUCGUACAUAGGAAGCUUCCGAGAAGAUCAUCACAAGUCUUCUUGUAGAACAAACUUCAAUAACAUCUCUAGUACUGCCUCUUCUCCUGGCUACAACACUCUCAAAGAAGAGAUUGAUCCAUCAACAUAUUCCUUCACGAAUGCGAUUAAAGCAUUACAAGCAAAGACAAUGUAUAAUAACAGAGAAUGGUUAGCACAAGAAGGGUUUGCGUUGAACUCGAAGUGGAACGAAGCAGAGAAAUAUAUCUGCAACCCAUUGUCGGGAGAAGUACCAAUGGAGUGUUUGUCAGCUAAAACAUUAAGUGCAAGAUCCUUCAGAAACUUAUCCACAAUGUCUGCUCCUCUUCACUUCCCUAGUCCAUUGAUGACUUCUGGUCAAAACAAACCAAAUAAUAUUAAUCCUAACGUUAGAGUCAUUCACGAGGAUCUUUACGCUCCUGAUCCUAUAUUGCUUCUUGCUCGAGGUGAUUUGAUUUUUAGAUAUUUAAUCCUAAAGCUUAGUUUUCAAAAUUUUGGGGUUUUUUUGGAUAAUAAGGAAAUUUUUUUGUGGGUAGCAGAAAAGAAAGUUGUGGGGCUGAAGCGAGAUGUGGGAAUUCAAAGUACGACGUCGGUGGACUUUAGCUCCGGUAGUCCUAGUCCGGCAAAGACGCCUCCGAUCAUGGAACGGUCCUUGAAGAGACACGUGGAAGCUGAUGAUUCGCCGGUAGAUUUCAAUCUCAAAUUGGAAGGUCAACAAGAGGAUGUGACGUUAGAGGAGAAAGAGAAAGAAGAAGAGAAGCAAUAUAUGAGUAAAGAAGAAGGAGAAGAAGAAGAAGAAGACGAAGAAGACAAAGAAGUGAAGCAAGAAGAAAUGAGUGAAGAAGAUGAAGAAGAAGAAGAAAAGACCAAGAAGAAGAAGAAGAGAGGAACAGGAUGUUUCUCAUGGGUGAGAUCAAGACAAAGACAAGCAAGAAAAUCAAAGUACAUCUUCCCUGUUUGUGUUCCUCAUCUAGUCAAAGGUUGUUGAAAAAACCUUAAAGCCAAGAGAAUCAAGCAACAACAAGACAGAAUCAAUGGUGUUUGCAAAAUUCUCUCUUCUUUUUUCUAUGUUUUUCUCUUUACUACCUAUUUUUCUAUUAAAUAAAAACAAAAUCAUA